GGACGGGACGGACUUUGUACCUGUGGGUCCACAGAGAAGCAGCACAACACCCGACUCUCCGAUGAAGUCCACUAUGUGGCUGAGAGUCUUCGUCACCUUCGCCUUCGUCUCCGGCUGCCAGGCAGCGUCAGUCUUUCUGGAUCCAGAUCGAGCCCAUGGCGUCCUGGUCCGGACUCGGAGGUACAACUCGGGCUGGCUGGAGGAGCUGCAGAUGGGAGAUCUGAAGAGGGAGUGUCUGGAGGAGAAGUGCACCUAUGAGGAGGCCCGCGAGGUGUUCGAACACACCGAGACCACGGACGAGUUCUGGAGAACAUACAGCCUCCCCGACAGCUGCAAGUCCGGCCCCUGUCAGAACGGCGGCAGCUGCUCCACUCAGGGCUCGUCCUACGCCUGCUUCUGCCUGCCUCAGUUCAGUGGAGCCAAUUGUGAGCUCGAGAACUCGGCCGUCUUCGACACCUGCCUGCUGGAGAACGGCGGCUGUGAGCACUUCUGCGAUGAAGAGGAGGGAGGACGAAGGCUCAACUGCUCCUGCGCAGACGGCUACUUCCUGGGAGCUGAUGGGCGGAGCUGCGUCGCAAAAGAGCUGAUUGCGUGCGGGAUGAUCCCCGUCCUGCAGGGAGAGGACAAAGCCAAGCAGCUGGACCCUCGAGCUCGAAUCGUCGGGGGAACAGAAUGCCCCAAAGGUGAAUGCCCCUGGCAGGUUCUGCUGGUGUACAAAGGCAAAGCUUUCUGUGGAGGGGUGAUUUAUAAACCCACCUGGAUCCUCACAGCUUCUCACUGCCUGGAGAACACUGACGCUCAGUUCCUCAAGGUGGUCGCAGGUGAGCACAACCGGGAGGUGAACGAGGGCACCGAGCAGUUCGUGCAGGUGGCUGAGAUCAUCAUGCACGGGAACUACGUACAACGCACUGCCGACAAUGACAUUGCCCUUCUACGUCUGGCGACACCCAUCGUCUACACGCCGUACGCCGUAUCGGCCUGCCUGCCGACGCGACCUCUGGCUGAUCGCGAACUCUGGGCCGUCGGCCUGCACACGGUGAGCGGCUGGGGGAGGAGGAGCGAGAACGGGCCCACCUCAACCCUCCUGCGGCGGCUGAAAGUCCCGCGGAUCCGAACACAGCAAUGUUUGGAGGAGAGUGGCGUGGUGCUCACCAGGAACAUGUUCUGUGCCGGAUACAUCGAGGGCCAGCAGGACUCGUGUAAAGGCGACAGCGGCGGACCCCUGGUGACGAAGUACAAGGACACGGUGUUCCUGCUGGGGAUCGUCAGCUGGGGAAAAGGCUGCGCCCGACCGGGCAACUACGGCAUCUACACCCGAGUGUCCAACUACCUGGAGUGGAUCCACAACCGAACAGCGACGCCAGAUCAGCUGACAAACAACACAGAAGCUUCCUUGCACAACCUGACCACCUGAGAGUUCACACACAUCAGCAGAUCCAGAAUCAGUUCCCUUGUGUCAAAUAAUUCAGGUGUAAACUGUGCCUCAAUUUGUUAAAGGUAAUUUGAAAACACAGAGUCAGUUUUA